AUGGCACUCAUCUUCGACCGUCUCAACGACGAUAUUUUCCUCAUCAUCCUCUCCUAUCUCCAGAGGCGAGACCUGUCCGCCUUGUCGCUCACCUGCAAACAUUUCCAUAAGCUUUCCUCUCCAAGACGCUGGACCGCUCUUGCGACACAUAAGGCUUUAUAUGUCUCCUGGUGGCAUGAUAAUAUCGGCACCAACGCUCGUUAUGUCCGUGAGAUACUGGUUGUUGUCAACGAAAGGGCUCCUAUGCUCCCCGAUGUCUUGUUCGCAACCAAGAACAUCCGCUUUGAAGGGGGUCCAAGCGUUUCCGGCGAUCUCCUCUCCCUCCUCUCCGCCAUCAAAUCCUUUCCUCGCCUGUAUGUUCUCAUUCUAAAGCACUUCACGCCGACCACUGCUGUCGACAUUGCUUGCCACCCGUCAUUCCCCUCCAUCCAACAGCUCACCCUCCACGACGUGACGGAGCCUGCUACGGAUCUUUUUUAUCUCUGUCCCAACGUCACCUCCCUGAGACUCGGUCUCAACGUUUUCCAUCAAGCUCACGAAUCUCGACCGAGAUGGCGUUCCUCACCGAUCCCUCGACUCACCCUCACGGCUCUCCGCAUGGAGGCAAGAGACUUCAUGGUCUCGUUUCUGGAGCAACGACCCAUGCGCGCGACACACGUUCGACUAUCCGCGCUCUGGGAGUUCACAUGGGACGGUAUCUCGUCCAUGCAGGACGAAACCGCGUCCCAAUUAGCCUGCGUUCUCACCACGCUCACCCCGCGCUCCCUCUACCUAGAAAUACCAGCGAUUUUGUGCGCCGAUCUGUCUGAUCGCACAGGAACUCUCUGGCAAGAGGUCGCCGCGGCCGCCCCGCACCUGCGCGCGCUCGUGCUCCAUGUGGACUCAUCCCUCUCGGACGACGAUACCAGAUGGGCACCCCCGGAUGCGCUCGUGGCGGAGCUCGCCCGACUCACGCUCACCUGCGUCCAUCUCAAGGCGGACCCAUACUUGUGCUGGCGGAAGGGGGACGCGGACCGCCCACGCCUCCGCGCGCUCGCCGCGUUCCCCGGGGAGCUCGCCGCGGCCAUCCCCACUCUGCGCGUCGUGGGCGUAUCGGAUGGGUCGCGCAAGUUGGAGGGCCCGCGAUCCACGCAGUGGUGGCGCGUCGAGGGCGGCGACGGCGAUGGCGCGGUGCGGUCGCUGGUCGAGCUCUGGCGCGAGGACGGGGAGCGGGCGCUGCGGCUUGUGCAGAGCGAGGCGUUUUGUGCGUCCGAUCUUGACGACAUCUACUCGGAGAAGUGCCGUUACGUGAGGGGGUAA